AUGGCUGACAAACGUCGUCGCCGUGAGCAUCAAAACAUCGCAAGUGGAGGACGUUCAUCAUCAAGAGGAACACCACGAUCAAAUUCAUCACCAAGUUUACUCAAUUCUAUUAACACACUUGGCGCACCACAAAGAUCUCUUGAUGCUUUGGCAUCAUCAAACCAACCACUUGGUACCCGUUCUCCUCAUGUGUCCUUGCCAAUCUCGAGCAAAGUCAAUACUCCUGAUGAUUCUACCACUGGACGCGUUGGAGGUAAAACAGUUGUGUAUGCGCCAAGAAAAUCGCAAGAUGGAGGAAGAGAACUCAAGAAUCAAAACUCAGGAACCAGCUCCAAACCAGCCAGAGAAAGCAAUCCGACCCUCUUGAUCGACAAUAAAGCUGAAGGUACAGGACCGCUGCAUAAUCUCAGGUAUUUAAAGUGGUAUAUGAGACCUCGAUCUAAUGCCGAAAAUCUUGAGCCUCGUGAGAGACAAGCUCAACAACACCAGCGAGGUCGUCUCAAUAGAGGUGCGCUUUGUAUAAAUACGCAUUUUCCUAAAGAAGAUGAGGACACUUCCAGUAAGAACACCCAAGAGAGAAUCGACUCUUCCAAGCGAAGCAAAAUCAAAGAACUCUCUUCCGGCGAUAAGAUUAAUAAGAGUUCGACCGUGAAAUCCGUUCCAACAACCAAGCCGACUUCGACUACAAAGCCAAGUAUGAGUACGAUAACCACUUCUAACGAUAAGCAUCAGGAUUCGAACACAAAGCCUGCUUUGAUAACAAAGUUAAGUUCAACUGCGAAGCCCACUGCGAAUUUCAAGCUUGCUCCCUCGCAAAAAGUUCAGAAUUUACCUUUGAAGCAGAACAUUCAAAGGUCAGAAAAGUCACAUCCUCUAACACAGAAGCCAAUAAAGGUUGAUACAUUGUCAAAAAAGCCCCAGAAUAAGGCUUCAAUACCUAGUUCCAAGACAUCACUUGCUACAAAGCUUUAUCGGGAAUUAUAUCUACCUUCAAUUGGACAAAAAUCAUGCGUUGAUAAAAUGGAAGAACCUGUCGGACCGGUAUUGGAAUCAUCAGCCCCAAAGGUGGGAUCUUCUCUCUCGGUCCCAAAGAGUUUGUUCCCAACACCAACAUCCGCUCCUACUCUAGCAGAAGCAAACCUUGGAUCCGUGCUUGCAGCGAGCCACCCUUCUGUGACUGACCCCACAAAAACUGGAUCAUUCCAAACUCCUGGUGCUGUACCGUAUAAUUUGACUCCUUCUCCUCCUGAUAGUGGACAAGAAAGCGACUACCUUGGGCCAAAUAGUCGAGGUUCAACUUCUCCGUCUGACAAUGGUUUCAAUAUUGUUGCCGAGUCUCCCACGGCUUUGGAACUUGGACCGACUUCAGUUCCAGCCAAUGAAAAGAUUUCAAACCAGGAAACUAAAGCGGCGUCUCCAAUUGCCGAAGACCACAGUCGCGACAGGCAAAAUUCGGUCGAUACAAAGAUGCAGGACACGGGAGAUAUAACACAGUCUCUGAAGGUUGUCAGCCACGCGACUCCUGCGAAAUUCGAAACUGAGAGACCAGGUUCGCAUAUUCGGGCCGACGAAGAGAUGCGAGAUUUUGUUGAUUUGACGGAACCAAACGUGAUCACUGCUGCAGCUUCUCCGGCUUUCAACAACCCCGCCGCACACAUUCAAUCCGACGAAGAAAUGCGGGAAGCAAUUGAUUUGACUGGAGAGGAUGAAGAGAUACAGGAAUCCAUUGAGCAGGAUGAAGAGAUGCCAGAUGUGAUAGAAGAUGAGCAGAGCCUCACUGAGGACCGCCCAGGCAAAGCAAAUCAUGCGAGUUCUUCAACCUUCAGACCCACCGGUUCCGCGGAAUCAAAGGUAGGAUCUGAGCCAGAGCCAGAAGCUGAAGCUAAGGAGGUUGUGCAGCGUAAUUUUGAAGAGCGCGUUACAAUCGAUUUAACUCUGUCUCGAUCGCCCACACCCAAGCUCGACGAUUUGCCACGGCAUAUUAAUCAAAUCAGCGCUGGCCUUGCCUCCUCUAAAAUCAAUCAAGUCGUCGCGGGAAGACACAGGCUUUACGUAGAUGGAAAUCGUUACAAUAAUAGUGAUGGGCGCGCUCCUCCCCCAGAACUUGCAGGAUCUAUGCCAAAAGAUAAGGCUCAAAGUGAUGAUUCCAUCGAAGACGAAUUUGUUGACAAUCAAAAUGAAUUGCAAGUGGUUGCAUCUCCAGAGGACAAUGAACAAAGCAGCAAACUUGCAAACGACGAACUUCCAAGAAAAAUCUCCGGCCGUAACCAAGGAAUUCCUGCACAAUCAACAUCAUCUGCUAAAACUGUUAGUGUCUUUCACUCCACUGAGAUUGAUGACUCCGUUGAAGCUAGUGCAUCUGCUCAGGGCGACGCAAUGGAAAUUGAUGAAUGUACUGAUAUUGGCACACCUGUCGAGGCGGCUACACCUGGCGAAGCUAAGAAGAAACGCAGAGGUAAACGCAGAGGAAGAGGAAAAGGCAAAGGUAAAGGUGAUGCCAAGAAUACCGAUGACCAAAAUACUACGCUCUUCGACGAUCGACAACUCGGUUCUGAUCUCGUUCAAAUUCCUAGCGAUUCUGAGCAGGACCCUCUCAAAGACCAGAGCGAUCGAAUCAUGAGUGAGGCAGAAGUCCAACAAGCGAUACUGGACGCCCUAACCGUUCCAGUCUUUCCAAAGGCUCCACCAAAUUCUAUGGUUAUUGACGAGAAAGCUUAUAAGUUAGCCGAGGAAGGAGAAUACUUUACUCUGGCGCAUGCACUAUUCAGUGUGGUUCCCAAGGAAGUGUAUGACCGAAUUUGGAAGGAUGAAUACGAACGUCCACAAAUCAGCUUGUCGACCAAGACACCUAAAUGGAUUCGUCCUCUUGAUCCUACAAUUAAGCGCCCAGCUAAGCUGGAAACUGAUUCUACUGAAUUGAUCAAGGUUCUCUGCGAAAUCGAGAAGUUAUUGAUUUCUGUUUGGGUUGGAGUUGAGUCAAUUGUUGUUGUACUGUAUUCUGAGAUUGACGACAAGUUCACCUCACGCGAUCUCGACGAGUAUUUCCGCGUCUACCAAGUGCAGAUCUACGAUGGAUGGACUGACCUUCAUGCACACCUCCUCACAUUGGCUGAUUGGAAGGAUCGAUAUUUCGCAAUUACUAAUAUCAAGAAGCGAGCUGCUCGCUCCAACGCCGAUCCAUACGCUCGUCUUUUUACAAUCAAGAACCCAUCGGAUCUACUCUUCUACGGAACCAUGGAAUAUCUCACAGCUAUGCAAGCUGCAAUGAAAGCUGCCCAAGACGCAAAUGAUUGCGUGAUGAUGAAAGGCCCAAAAUGGAAGCAUAUGAUCGGAAUGGACAAAGCUGUCAUGGGCGAGGAAUUUAGCAAGUGCCUUGACGGAUUGAGAAAGUUUAAUUCAUAUGUCAGAAAGAGAGACUGGGAUGUUCCGGGAGCCCAUAAGGAUGACGCACUUUCUCCCAUGGUCGCUUCGAGGCUAGCUACCAGAAAUGCGUCCAAGCAAGUCUCGUCUAAGGGGAAAAAAAUUGCUAUUGAAGAUGUUGCCCAAGAGAGCUCUGGUGAUCUGAGUGAUGGCAAUCCACCAGAUUAUUACGAGUCGUCAUCGAAGUACAAGGGAAAGCAAAUUGCUGUGGAGGAUGAUACCGAAGAGACAUCUGGUGAUGUAAGCGACGGCGAUCCACCCUACUACGAGGAAGACGAUGACGAAGACAAUGAUUGCGUCGAGGCUCGUUCUCACCGUCGUUGUAGUGGCCCCAUGCUCUCAGUACAACCACCCACUCCUACUAACAGACGUGCUUCCGGUACCAUCGCCUAUUCGUCUUCUCGCCGCGUUUCAUCAGGUAACGUGGUGAAAUCCGACAAUGGAAACAAGGCUUCAUCUACUGAACGUUUUUCUCGUCAUCUUUUACCCAAGGAUGGCAUGAAACCAAAAAACGGACGUGGAGCUUCAUCCGGUAGCAAUGCAAUGAAAUUGAGCGAUGAAGUUCCCCGAGGUCGUUCUCUUCACCGGGCCGGUUCCAUCGCAACUCCAGCUUCUAUGAAGGCUGUCAAAAAAGAAGCGAAGCGGCUUAUGGUUGAAAUCGGUCCGAGCUCGAGUCCCAAUGAUCCCAAGGAUUAUUUCGAGACACCAUAA